GUUGCUUUCUCUAAAAGAUGAGACAAAUAACGCCACUUCUCGUUUUUUUUUUUUUUCAACCAACGUGUGCUGGAAGAUCAACAAGGAAAUUACGUAUGACGUUUUAGUUUUCUUUUUGCUGGCCGACUGAGGGAAUCCCCCGAAAAUGCAUAUAAAAACAAUCAGAUAAGAGAGCUGCAGCACAGAGCUACUGAUUUACCACACAGACCUGAGAUAUCUGAUCAGAGAGAUGGCAGUCUUUAAUCUCUGUAAGUCAGCGAGCCCCACACACAGACUGGAAUACUGAAGUUUUUUUUUUUUUAACUCUGCUGUAUUUUGUCAUGCAAACAUUUGUGUAAACCCAUAAGACGCAUGUGUUGAAUGUUAUUAUUCUCUCGCCAUGCAGACUUCGCCAGCUGUGCGCUGCUGCUGAUCCUGAGCUGGCGCACAUCCACAGGAUUCCCGGUGCUUUCACUGAGCACAGAGAAAUGCGAGGAGUGCUCAUCGCUCUUCAAGAGCCUCCAGCUGGAUAUCAAAGGACUGCUCAACAGUAGUGUUUGCCAUGGCAUCCCUACUGCUGACAUGGAGAUGACGAGCACAGCUGAGACAGUACAGGCCUGCGCACCCGCUCUGACUCAGAACCCAGGCUGCAAUGAGCAGAGAAGUUCAUCCUUCAGUGAGAGUGAAUGUCUGAGGAACAUCAUGAAGGACUUGGCACACUACACUGCUGUUAUUGAAUCCUACCGCAACUCCACAAUCAGAGAUCCUGAGGGAGAAGCUGCACUUCUGAACACAACUCUGGGAAUAAUUCACAGCCUGAGGAAGAACUGUUCCCUGAUGCCUGAUGGAGGGAACGACACUUCAAAGGAGGAUCUCGCUCAUACGUGGGGAAAUGACAGCUUCAGUAACAGACAGAAGAUGUGUAAGAUGAUGAGGGCCUUCCAUGUCCGAACCAUCACCUUCAACCGAGCCAUGGGCUACAUCUCCUCAGGAGACCACAGGAAGUAAACACCCUGCAACCUCAUCAUCAUCAUCAUCACCAUCAUUCCAACCAAUACCACAAUGUCUCGUCUUCUUUAUCUGAACAAACCUUCCUGAUCAUUCACUACCAUGACAACUACUCACCAAGUCGUGCUUUACACUGCACAUGCUGCCAACGUCUGCAUGAUCACUGCGCAGGCAUAAGCUAGCUGGCCUCAGUGAGAGCUGAGUGACAGUCAAAUUGUUGCCCGAGUUAGCAGUGGAGGCCAUGUUGGCCUGCUUAAAUGUAUGAAUGUAU